AUGAAGAUCAGCAGCUUCUGGGUGUUAAGAGAUGCGAAAAUCCUGGAAGAUAUGGAUAGUUGUAAUGUGACUAAUGAGGGGAGGGAAUUUGUCUGCAGGGGUGUGGGUUUCCAGACGGUGGAGGAGGUUUUAAGGAUCGGUGAAUUAAGAACUUCGAGGGUCAACCUCACAAAACUGUUACUUCGACGCAACCAUCUAAGAUCCAUCGAUGCCCAUGCAUUUACAAACCUAACGAACCUCAAAGUUCUAGAACUCGAUGACAAUGAGUUACUAGAUAUUCCAAAAGCGAUUGAUCUACUGCCUUUUUUAGAAGAUUUAUCAUUGUCGAAUAAUAGGAUACAGAAGCUUGAAGCGAAUUCUUUACAAAAGAUUCAGUACGUCCAAACUCUCGAUUUGCGUGGUAAUCCCAUACGAGAAAUUCACGAAAACGCUUUUCAUAAUUUGUCAAGGCUUCGAAAACUGAUUCUUUCCAACGUAAAGGAAUUGAUAGAAUUCCCUGUCUUGAAUGAGACAGGUGCCUUGGAAGUGCUGCGACUCGAUCGAGCCCACCUUAGAAGAGUUCCCGAGGACCUUUGCCAAAAUUGCCCGAAACUCAAAAGUUUAGACAUGAAAUCUAAUCGUCUGACUGCCAUACCAAACUUAAAAAGCUGCCAUGACCUCCGGGUUUUGGACCUAACAAGCAACAUGAUAUCCUCUUUAUCAGGAAAACCUUUCGAAGGACUAGGUGGUCUCCACGAUUUGCUCUUGUCGAAUAACAAUAUACAAAGUAUUCCAAAUGACGCUUUCUGGGGCUUGUCUCGACUGCAAGUUUUAGACCUAGAGAGCAAUCUUAUCGAGUUUAUUCAUCAGGAUGCAUUUAAAGAAAUAAGAAAUUUAGAAGAUUUAAAUCUGGGGAACAAUAUAUUUCCAACAUUGCCAAUUACAGGUCUCUCAGGAUUGUUACAUUUAAAAACAUUCAAUAAUCCGGCCUUAAGGGAAUUUCCAGCUCCGGAAAAAUUUCCCAGAGUAAAGACUAUGAUUUUGUCCUACGCCUAUCAUUGUUGCUCAUUUUUAUCAUUGGAUUUGGGAGAGACCGUAACUAAAGUCCCAGUAGAAGAAUCAGUUUUGUUUCCCACUGACAACGAAUUUGACAUCGGUCUUUGGAACUCGAGUUUAUCCGAUGUUUGGCCACAACUCCAUAACUUGAGCAGCAAAUUUGGGAAUCAAAUAAAUGAACUUCUGGAUAACUUUGGUUCAGAUUUUACAUACCCUGGAAACUUGCCAUCCUACGUUGAUGAUUACUUCGAGGAACAUGAUGGAAGAACAACCCUCUCAGGCCAACCUUCAAACUUUCGUAUACAAUGUUUACCCCAGCCUGGUCCUUUUCUACCCUGUGAAGAUUUGUUCGACUGGUGGACUUUAAGAUGUGGUGUCUGGAUUGUUUUUCUUCUCGCCAUGCUUGGAAACGGAACAGUUGUCUUUGUGUUAAUAUUUUCAAGGAGCAAGAUGGAUGUCCCCAGAUUCUUGGUCUGUAACUUAGCAGCCGCUGAUUUCUUCAUGGGAAUCUACCUUGGUCUAUUGGCUGUUGUUGACGCCUCAACUCUUGGAGAAUUUAGGAAAUACGCCAUUCCCUGGCAGAUGUCUGCAGGUUGCCAACUCGCAGGAUUCUUAGGUGUCCUCAGUUCAGAAUUAAGUGUCUACACCCUGGCAGUGAUAACCCUUGAGAGGAACUACGCAAUCACUCAUGCAAUGCAUCUGAACAAACGUCUUUCUUUAAAGCAUGCAGGUUACAUAAUGACAAUUGGUUGGGGGUUUGCCCUUUCGAUGGCAACUCUCCCUUUGCUGGGCAUAUCCGACUACCGAAAAUUCGCCAUAUGCCUUCCAUUCGAAACAACUGGAACCAUAUCUCUCAGUUACGUUGUAUUUUUGAUGCUGAUCAACGGAGUCGCCUUUCUGAUCCUGAUGGGCUGUUACCUGAAAAUGUAUUGUGCAAUUCGCGGCUCCCAGGCCUGGAACUCGAACGACUCGAGGAUAGCGAAGAGAAUGGCUCUUUUGGUCUUUACAGACUUUCUUUGCUGGUCCCCAAUCGCAUUUUUCUCUCUCACGGCAGCCUUUGGGCUCCAGCUGGUCUCACUGGAACAAGCCAAGGUCUUUGCUGUUUUCGUACUUCCACUCAAUUCCUGCUGCAAUCCCUUCCUCUAUGCUAUUCUCACCAAACAGUUUAAGAAGGAUUGCGUGCUGAUCUGCAAAGCUAUUGAGGAGUCGAGAGUCACGAGGGGAAUUGGGAGGUGUAGACAUAGCUCGAAUUUCAGCAAUCGUCAGACUCCAGCCAAUACGAAUAGUCUUGUGGAUAGAUCUUCUAGAGAAAACCAACCGCAGUGUGCUUGCAAUGCUAGGCUUUUAGAUAAUACACAAUGUGCUAACAGAUGGUGGGGCGCAAAGCUUUUAUUCCCCUGUGCUAGGGAUCAGAGACAACGGCAUGUUCGAAGUGAUCAGUAUGCUUAUCAGAUUGCAGAGAUUCAGCAGAAGCAACAUAAGAGAGCUUGUUCGGUUUCUUCGAGCGAGAACUUCUCAUCUUCAAGGUCUGAUUCGUGGAAGCAGGCUCAUCACUGCGGAAUUCCUCUCAGGUUACUGGAUCCAAAGAGACGAGCAUCAUCAUGGCUGAUCACAAGAAAGCCCUCCCAGGAUUCUAAUCUUAGUUCCUCUCGGAACGAUUCUUCCGGAUCUGGAACAACAGCCAGUACCAGCACCUGGAGGAUGUCUAGAUCUAGUGCUUCCCUUGAAAUGAAUUCCAGAACGGCCCCAAGACCCCCCAGACCCAAACCCAGACUGACGAGGCAACUCGCUAUCCAGGAACCAGAUCCACCUGGUUCUCCCGGAAGACUUGCUGUCAGACUUCUUGCCACUAUUCCCUCUGCAGCUGAAAUGAGCGAGCAACAAGACGAGGAAAAUGCCCUCACAACCGAGAAAACGGAAUCCUAAAGCUUUAGUUUCUCAUCAGUGAAGAACUCUAAGACUGCUGCUGUUGGAAUCGAUAAUACGCGAAUGCUCAACAGUGUUCCUAUUGUUAAUUUUAGAGGAAGGAUUGAUAUUUAUCUGAAAAGUCAAAGCGAUCUUAGAAAAUUAAAAUCUAAUUUACUAUGAUGUUCCAUAAACGUUCUUCGGCUGAAUUUCUACUAUAGAAGCAAAUCUUUGGCUGGAAAUCUAGAUAUAAACCCUCAAUUUUAUAAUCUUUGAAAAGAAGCUUCCAAACGCUGUUUCUUAAUCUCGAAAAUUCUUCAUUCGAUACAAAGUACUCUAGUAAAAUAAGUCAAGUU